AUGAACCCAGCAAUUCUGACAUUGCAGUUCAGUCGCCUGAGACAGCACCGCUCCCUCUUUGCCCGCAGGAGUCGGCGAUUUCCUCCGUGCGGCGUAGGCGCGAUCUCUCCAAAGGGUGGCGUUUUACACCACUUUGGGGAGUCGGUCUACGCACCCGCUACCCCCGUCUGUCGAAAGAUUUUGCCACAAGUUAGCUACUUUUUGUGAUCCGUUUUUGUGAUCAUGGGCACACAACGGAGACAGACUAUUAGACACUUGUAUGGGUGGACAAUCCUCAUUGUCGCUGUUUUGUCUCAACGUUGUCAUGGAACUUGUCCGGAAAAAGAGCUUCAGAGACGAGAAGAAGAGGCGAACAUAGUUUUAACUGGGACUGUGGAAGAAAUAAUGAACAUGGACCCGGUGCACAAUACGUAUUCUUGCAAGGUGAGGGUCUGGCGUUACCUGAAAGGCAAAACAAUGGUCAAUGGGGAGGUCCUGCUGGAUGGUGGCAACAAGGUGAUGAUUGGUGGUUUCGGGGACCCUGGCAUCUGUGACAACCGGGUCUCCACAGGCGACACCCGUAUUUUCUUCGUCAACCUGGCACCCGAGUACAUGUGGCCUGCUCACAAGAAUGAGUUGAUGCUGAACUCCAGCCUGAUGCGGAUAACCCUGCGCAACCUGGAGGAAGUGGAGAAUUACGUGGAAGAUCAUAGAAUGAUCAAUGCAGACAAACCUGUUCACUUCACGCCGGCACCCCAGCCCCCAGAUGGCUGCAGAGGCAUGCUGUGUGGCUUCGGAGCGUUGUGUGAGAGGGACCCGACUGACCCGUCCAAGGGCGAGUGUGUGUGUAAGAGGACGCCGUGUCCGUCGGUGGUGGCACCCGUCUGCGGCUCGGACUCGUCCACCUACUCCAACGAGUGUGAGCUGGAAAAGGCCCAGUGCAACAUGCAGAGGCGCAUCAAGGUGCUGCGCAAGGGGCCAUGCGCCCUGAAGGACCCGUGCAGCGAUGUGACCUGCAGCUACGGCAGCACCUGCAUCCAGUCGUCGGACGGCAUGUCAGCCAAGUGCAUGUGCCCGCUGAGCUGCGAUCGGGUGGCCAAGCAGGUGGUGUGCGGCAGCGACGGCCAGGACUACCGCAACGAGUGCGAGCUCAACAAGCAGGCCUGCCACAGCCAGAAGAACGUGCACGUGCAGCGCCAGGGACCCUGCGAUGCAUGCAAGGACACCCAGAAUAGCCUGAAUACUGGCUGCCGUGUGGACCCGCGCCACCACAGGCCGUUGUCCUACAGUCCACCCGAAUCCUGCCAGCCAGACCCCCAGCCCCUGUGUGCCAGUGACGGGCACACCUACGACAGCGAGUGUGAGAUGCAGAACACCGCCAUGCAGAAGGGCCUGGACCUCCGCAAGAUCCACCAGGGCCGCUGCAAGAGGCUAGACGAGUGCCGCGAGGAGUGCAAGUUCAACGGCGUGUGUGUGGUGGAGCUGACGGGAGCCCACUGCUCCUGCGAGCCCAUCCAGUGUGACGGCGCCUACAAGCCCAUCUGCGGCAAGGACGGCAACACCUACGCCAACGACUGUGAGCGCCGGCGCGCCGAGUGCCAGGCCAAAGCCCACAUCCCCGUCAAGCAGCAGGGGCCAUGCGACCUGCACGUGCCCAGCCCGUGCCUGAAGAAGGCGUGCGAGUUUGGCUCCGUGUGCGUGGUGAAGAACGGCAAGCCGGUGUGCGAGUGCCCCGAGGCGUGCCCGCAGGUGCCCGACCCCGUGUGUGGCAACGACGGACACACCUACGGCAGCCCCUGCGAGAUGCGCGCCAUGGGCUGCGCCCUGCAGCGCCACAUCCGCAUCCAGCACAAAGGACCCUGCGAUGAGCAGUGUGCCAACUGCUGGCUUCCGGGAAGCGAUCUCACGGCAGGCGCAGGCGGGAAGUGUGUGUGCCCCACGGAGACACCGCCGGUGUGCGGUUCACGCACCAGCCCACGGUGAACGAAGUGUGAACUCAACGUCAGGGCCUGCACCGAGCAGCUGGACCUGAAGGUGGUUGCCCAGGGAGAAUGCAAGACAUGCGGCAGCGUGGUGUGUGGCUGGGGAGCCCGCUGCGUGCAGAACCAGUGUGAGUGUCCCGAGUGCCAGAACCAGCCCUACAAGCCCAUCUGUGGCAGCGACCGCAACACCUACGACAACGACUGCGAAUUGCGCGUCGCCUCCUGCAAGCUCAAGAAGAAGAUCGACGUGCUGAAGCCAGGCACCUGCGACGAACCAGAUUGCGGAUCUGGGGGAUCGGGCUCCGGGGAGAACGGCUGCGAGCCGGAGAAGUGCCGACUGUUCGCUCGUGGACUGACAGCCCGGCGGGGCGAAUCACAGUCUGAGUUCAGCUGCCUGAAUGUGCCCCGCAGCCAAGUCUGUGGGUCAGAUGGCAAGGCGCAUAACAACGAAAAGAGGCUGAAGAAGGCCAAGUGUGAGCUGCAGCAGCACAUCCUCAUCCAGAACCAGGGAGCUUGCACAGCCCCUACUCCACCUGAGCUCAACGCGCACUGCAGUCAGACGGUUUACGGCUGCUGUGAAGACAACAAGACGACCGCCCUGGGUGUGGGACUGGCCGGUUGCCCAAGCAUGUGCCAGUGUAACAGCUAUGGCUCUUACGGUGGCACCUGCGAUCCCACCAGCGGUCAGUGCUCCUGCAAGCCUGGCGUGGGUGGACUCAAGUGCGACCGCUGCGAGCCCGGCUUCUGGAACUUCCGCGGCAUCGUCACAGAGAACAUGAGCGGAUGCACACCCUGUAACUGUGAUGCGGGCGGCUCCGUGCGGGACGACUGUGAGCAGAUGUCCGGUCUGUGCUCCUGCAAGCCCGGCGUCAAGGGCAUGAAGUGCAACGUGUGUCCAGACGGCAGCCGCAUGGGCAUGAGCGGCUGCGACAAAGGACCGGAGGCACCUACGUCGUGUGUCGAGCUGGAGUGCAAAUUUGGAGCUUUCUGUGUGGAGGAGGACGGCCAUGCCCACUGUGAGUGCCCGUCCCCUGACUGCGACGAGAAGAACAAGGCGAAGGUGUGCGGAUCUGAUGGGGUAACGUACGCUGAUCAGUGCCAGCUGAGGACCAUCGCUUGCCGGCAGGACAAAGACAUCACGGUGCAACACCCGGGCCAGUGCACAGAACUCAUCUCAGAGUUGACCGUCAGACCCACCACCCUCCCAACCACCCCUCCCAUCGCCCACACCACCACCAACGCCGCCACCACCGUGGCCGACUACGACAUCGACACAGAGGAGCCGGGCAGCAUCGUCGAAGCUCUGCCGCCCAUCCAGAGAGUCACCACAGCCGCCGACUUCACCACCCUCCGCCCCACCACCACCCACCACCACCAGCCUGCCCACUCCACCACCCCAUCAUCAGAUGACGGUGCCACCACCACCACCGCUGCCGCCGGCUCCACCACACGCCCGAGCGUGCCGACCUUCGAGGAGUCGGGCAGCGGGCAGCCCAGCGGCGACGACGAGGACGAGGGCAGCACCGCCACAGAGGCAAGCGGAGAGGCAGAGCCAGUCGGCCCAACAGCAGUGGUGACCACCAUGCCCCCACCGGAGGAGCGCUCGUCCUGCGACAACACCCCCUUUGGCUGCUGCCCUGAUGGCAGGACCGCGGCCAGCAGCCCCGAGGGCUCCAACUGCCCCUCCACCAUGAGGUUCAACGGCUUCCUGCAUCUGGACCAGGUAGAUGGCCAGGAGAUGGUCUACACACCUGAGAUGGAGGACCCUAAGUCCGAGCUGUUUGGGGAAACAGCCAGGAGCAUCGAGAGUGCGCUCAACGAGUUGUUCCGCAAGUCUGAGGUGCAGAAGGACUUUAAGAGUGUGCGCGUGCGGAACCUGGCCCCCAGCAACUCCAUCCUGGCCUUCAUUGAGGCUCACUUUGACCCAGACACCAGGUUCGCGGUGGCGGACAUCGAGGGGGCCCUCCUGAAGCAGCUGAAGGCAGCGCGCGAGCCUGGCAUCGUGGUCAAGAAGCCGGAGGAGGACAACAUCAGCUUCUCAAAUUACGGUCUCUCCACUCUGCCCUACUUCACCACCACCACCACCACCAUUGCCGCGGCGACCACACCCACCACCACCACCACCACCAUGCUGCCCCCGACCGCCGUCUUCACCACACGCCGGCCGGCCGUCACCCGUCGCCCCUACCCAGUCCGCCGCUCCACCACGGCUCCCCCGCCGGUCCUCACGCAGCGCCCCCACACCACCACCAUCUCCAGCACCACCAAGGAGAUCCUGGUGCGUACCAGGCCCCAGAAGCCCUGCGACUCCCAGCCCUGCCGACAUGGAGGCACGUGCGAGGACGACGGAAACGACGACUUCAUCUGCAUCUGCCCCGCCGGCCGCGGAGGUGCCGUCUGCGAGAAAGUGAUCAAAUACUACAUUCCGUCCUUCGGAGGUAAGUCCUACCUGGCCUUCCCCACCAUGAAGGCGUACCACACUGUCCGCAUCGCCAUGGAGUUCCGGGCCUCGGAGAUGACCGGCAUCCUGCUGUACAACGGUCAUAACGACAAGAAGGACUUCCUGUCCCUGGCACUGGUCAACGGAAAAGUGGAGCUCAGGUUCAACACAGGCUCCGGCACCUGCACGGUGACCAGUAAGGUAACGGUGAAGCCUGGCCGCUGGCACCAGCUGGUAAUGACUCGCACCCGCCGCAACGCCAUGCUGAGUGUGGACAGCGAAUCCCAGGUCGAGGGCCAGAGCCCGCCAGGCACCGACGGCCUCAACCUCGGCACGGACCUGUUCAUCGGCGGUACGCCAGAGGAGAUGGCGCAAGAUGUGAAGGAGCGGGCGUCCAUCUCCACGGGCCUGGUGGGCUGCGUCCGCAUGCUGGACGUCAACAACAUGCUGUACAACCUUCAGGAGAAUGGCGAGAACGUGCUGUACGGCACCGCCGUGGGCGAGUGUGGCAACAACCCGUGCCAGCCCAACCCCUGCAGGAACGGCGCAGCUUGCCAGGCCAAAGAAGCCGAGAUGUUCCACUGCAAGUGUGUCAACGGCUUCUCAGGACCGACCUGUGCGGAUGCACACGACCCCUGUGACCCCAGCAAAUGCCACCCGUCCUCUCAGUGCCAGGUUCUGCCAGAAGGCGGCUACAAAUGCGAAUGUCCGAUGGGCCGUGAAGGAAAGCACUGUGACAAAGUGUCGGAUCGCAAAGGCGCAUACAUCCCUGCCUUUACUGGAGACGCCUACCUGGUGCUAAAGGGCCUGCAUCUCUAUGGACAUGACCUCCGUCAAAAGGUCAGCAUGACUGUGGUCCUCAUGGCCAAUGACUCCAAUGGCAUGAUCUUCUACAACGGACAAAAGACCGACGGCAAAGGGGAUUUCAUCUCUCUCUCUUUAAACGAUGGCAUCCUUGAGUUCAGAUAUGAUCUGGGCAAGGGACCGGCAGUCAUCAGGAGCAAAGAAAAGCUCAAAUUGAACGUCUGGAACACGGUAAACCUCGAGCGGGCCAACCGCAAAGGCGAGAUCAACAUCAACGGCAAGGACCCGGUCAAAGGAGAGUCACCGAAAUCACGCAAGAACCAGCACACCGAUCUGAACCUAAAGGAUUCGCUCUAUGUUGGCGGGGCUCCUGACUUCCGGCAGCUGGCGAGAUCGGCCUCGCUGAAGGACGGCUUCAAGGGGGCCAUUCAGAAGAUCACCCUGAUGGGCACGUCCAUCCUGAAGCCAGAGAACGCGCUGGACUCGCGUGACGUGUCCAUGUUCAAGAGCCACCCGUGCUCCCAGUCCACAUGCAUGAAUGGCGGUCGCUGCAACCCUCUGCUGGACAGCUUUGAGUGUGCCUGUCAGCCUGGCUACACGGGCAAUCGCUGCCAGCUCGUGAUCCAUGAGAAGUCCGCCGGGGAGACCGAGGCCAUUGCCUUCGACGGACGAACGUUCAUCGAGUAUCACAACGGCGUCACAAAGAGCCAACUGACCAAUGAGAUUCCCGAUCCCGAGUCACUGGAGAACCCUUCUGACCAGAGUGAGAAGGCUCUGCUGGUGAACAAGUUCGAGCUGAGCAUCAAGACGGAGGCCACGCAAGGCCUGAUCCUGUGGAGCGGCAAGGGCGUGGAGCGCUCCGACUACAUCGCGCUGGCCAUCGUGGACGGCCGCGUGCAGAUGACCUACGACCUGGGCUCCAAGCCGGUGGUGCUGCGCUCGUCUGUGCGCGUCAACACCAACCGCUGGAUCCGCAUCAAGGCCAGCAGGGCUCUCAGGGACGGCUCCCUGCAGGUUGGUAACGAGGCUGCAGUGACGGGGUCGUCACCCCUGGCAGCGACCCAGCUGGACACGGAUGGUGCUCUCUGGUUGGGUGGUUUGGAGGAAUUGGCUGUGGCGCGUCGACUGCCGAAGGCAUACAGCACCGGCUUUGUGGGCUGUGUGAAGGACAUGACCGUGGACGGUGUGGAACUGCAUCUGGUGGAGGAUGCCUUAAACAGUCCCAAAAUAUUACACUGUACCGCUAAAUAGUCGGUCAGCGCACACCACUCCCUCCGAGAAAACACGAUGAUAAAAGAAAAGAGGAAAAAAAAUCGCCAUGUCUACUGCUGUAAUUAUUUUCUAUUUUUGUAUACUUUUCAUCGCUUUUUAUAUUGGGAAAAAUAUGUUUUAAUUUUUUGAUUGUUUGUUUUUUUCCUUUUUGGUUUUGUUUUAUUUCUGUUUUUAUUUUUUUAUCUGCACCCCCAUGCAUGACCCCCUUCACCUUGUUAAAUGCAAAUGUACAUGGUGUCACAAGGAAAAAAAUAAGUUGUAUUAUAUAUGUUUUGUUGUUUUAAAACAAAAAAGCAUAACCUUGCUCAUUACUUGAACAGUAACAGAUGACAUUGGUGCUGUGGUCUCCUCUUGAUUGCCUUCUCUUAGUGCCAUUCACCUCCAUACAGUGCAGUACCUAAACAUUCCACUGGGCAGUUUACUUCAUUCACCAAUACCGCAUUCAACAGGCCAACAUGAACUGAACAAAAAGUCUAUAAGCUUGCUACACAGUGAUGCAUUCUCUGUAACAAAAAAAUGUGUGUAUGGCAGUGCUCCAAAUACCAACGUAGCUGAGACUAUUUUAGACAGAUUUCUAACCAUUUUUAUUUGUUAAUUUGUUGCUGUUGUUUUUUUUUUCUUUUCAAACAUUGAAUCCCUCGCUUACACCAAACCUAAAUGCAGAAAUGCUAUUUGUGCGAGAACACAUCAUAUUAGCAAUCAUCAAUCACUUCCAAAUCCCAUUGAUGAAAUGUAAAACAACGAAUGCAUCAAACCCUAAAACAUAAGACUGUGAAUAUGGACAAACAAUGUUUUAUUUUUUUCUGUAUGGAUUGUGCUUCACAUGUGUUGUGCAUCAUAAAUUCAGAAAGACAGUAAAUCUACUAACAAACCCGUGUUGCAUGCAGCUCCUAAUGACAGGUUAAUUUUUGCAUCGGUUUUAUUGUUUCUGGAUCCGUCUGUUCAGGGCAUCAUUGGCCGCAGCUGUCGUGUCAGAGGGGAGGACACAGCAGUUGGCGUGCUCUGUAUUGGAAAAGGUUCCAACACGUUCCUCUGAUGAAAAAAAAAAGAUUUGGUCACCUGAAUAAGAAAAAGUAUAUAAAUAUAUAUAUAAAUAUAUAAAUAUUUAACUUUUUUAUAUUUGUUGUUUGUUAUUCUAAAAGUUUUAUAUUUGUUGGACGUUUAGGAAAAAAAUGAAUAGUGAGAGUUGUAAUGGCAACUCGCCAUGUGGAGGCGCUGUAGCACAGGCUGAAGAAAUCAGAGAAGAGGCAGAGCGUGUGAGAGAGUGAAUCAGACGUCUCCAGGGAGGCUCGAGCAUUGAAAUUUCCUCAGAAUGUUCAGAUGUUACAUAAAGUCCUGAAGUGUUGAACAAUUCACAGCCGUUUUGUUAGUCUAAUUUCAAAUGCAAACAUUACUUUUAGAAAUUGCUCUCAGCUCUCGCUGUGAAAAAAAGGGAUUAUGUAACACGUUAGGCCCUUGCAUCCUAGGACUGCCGCUGGGAAAACAGCCGUGAAAAUAAAGAAUAUUAAUAAGCAAGCAUAUUACAAUAACGAGAGAAUAAUGCAUGGGUUUGUAUUGUCAAAAUGAACUUUUUGUAACAUGUCUGUGGACAGAUGCAAUGCAAUUGCUUUUAUUGCUGGCCCUGUGGCCCGAUUCAAAAAUGAACACAUUUACUUUGAGAAUACAACGUAUGUUAAAAUACUCUGUGAUAAAAAUCUAACCUAUUUGUUCAAGGGCAUCACAGUCCGGUGAAACUAUCAAUUUGUAAUUAUCCACUCUUGACUUUCCCCACCAGCGAAUGAGACCAUUUUGUACAGCCUUGCCAUUUUCCAUGUAAAUUUAACAAUGUGUAACUGUGGAGAUUUUGUUUUAGUAUAAUACACUGGAACCAAUUCUGACUUGUCUGUUCACUACACAUUUAUUUUUUGAUGUUCCUAUGUCUAAGGGGAAGGGAGGGGAUAGGGAGUCAAAAGGACACUUUGUGGGGGUGUUUUUUGUUUGAGUGGUGUUUAGGGGAUUUUCAAGGGUUCCACCUCCAAGGUCAAGAUCAGGAACCUUCUCACGAGUACGAAAGCUAUAUGAGGAACAUCCACGCAGCAUUGUGAACCAUGCACUGAGUCUGUCAGAAAUGAAAAAGCAAUUCCAUUUAUUGUCUUUCUUUUGUUUUCACUUGUUUGUUUAUUACUUGUUUUUUUUCUCUGUGGACACACAAACAUUGCUCCUCGAAUGGUCCAAUCACUGAGCAUAAGAAGGGAAAUCCUGUGUGCGUGUGCGUGUGCUUGUGCGUGAAAGAACGUCGCUCAAAAAGGACAAUAAGUAUGUGGGCUCACGGAAAUGACAUAUUAACAGUGGACAUCUAUGGAGGAAAACCUGUCGAAGAAUUGCCUUAAAUCAGAUCACCACUCAACGGUGACCAAAUUGUGUUCCAUACUGUUCUGUGCUCUCACUUUAGCCAGUAUAUACUAGUCCCAUCCCUGUCAUGUAAAUUAAUACAUUUUGUUGAUAAUAAUAUAAUAAUAACGCUCAUAAUUCCAGAGGACCUGGUUAAAAACAAAGAUAUUCUGGCCUCUGCAAAUAUACUAUUUACUGUAUAAAUAUGAUUUUCAGUUUCUUAUUUAUGUCUUCAUAUGAAUUUCCAGACUGGCCUUUGUAAACUACUGUUAUUGAGUGAAAUAUUCCUGAAAGGCAGUGCACAGAAUGAGAGGGGCAUGACGUUACCAUUACUAACUUUAUUACUUGUGUCUUGUGUUCCUACCACCAUGAAAUAAAGUGUAAAAAUCAAA